AUGCAUCCUUAUGCUCGCUCUUUACAGUCCAACCAGCAAAAUAGAUUGUCAUCAUCAAGCAAUGCGUUGUCGAACAAUUUAGCAGGAUCGCAACAACAAUAUAUUUCUCCCUACGCUCUGCCAUUACCGCCACCUACAACAACAAGCUCCGAUCGAUUUAUUCCAACUGAAAAUCCGUUUGGUGAUGGGAAUCAUCCAUCAACCUAUAAUCCAAAUGUUGUGUAUCAUGAUCAACAAGAUAAUAAUAAUACACCACUGGGAUAUAAUCCGAAUUAUAUUCAAGAUUCGACAUCUCACUCUCCACCUCCACAAGUGCCAUAUUCAAUUCCACCAUCGAAUAAUAUACAUUCACAAAUUAUUCCUUGUCUUGCAAAAGGAGAACAGCCUAGCUUUCAAUAUUUUGGAAUUGGACCCCAUUGUUGCUGGGAAUUACUGAUUUGGAUUUUGAGCAAGCUUACGUUCGGCUUUGCUGAGGCUUUUGUGGCGCUUAACAUGUAUCGAGGUCAAGUUACAGAAAUGGUGAUUGCAGGGAGAAGAUUAGAAUUUGAUUUGAGUGAUCCAUUCUUAAAAGUACCUAUCCUUUGUAUCAUCAAUAACUUUAUCAAUGAUUUUACGUUUGGAUUGUGGUACUUUAGUGGAAUGAUGCACCUCUUUUACUAUAGUGAGUUUGAUCGAAGAAUAUCGUGGGGAGAAGUUGUCGACCCAAACGAAGCAUCAAAAGUAGUUUGGCAUCCCAACGACAGUGGAAAAGGUCAAUUUAAAAUUUUCAGUGCCUAUCCUGGAAUUUUCACAGAAGCCAUGACAUGGAUUUGCCGACUUCUCUCAGCAACAUUUCUGUUAGGAUUUGCAGAACCGUGGAUCAAGAGUUAUUAUUACAAAGCCUUAAUGCCGAACAUGGAGUUUGGAGGAUUGGGAUCCUUUGCCCCAUCCAACGUAAAACCUGGAUUUGGUAGAGAAAAACUCAAAGUCAACUUCUCAGCCUCUGGUUCUAAAAUGUUCUUUCGCUUUUUACAAGGUCAUAUUCUUGUAGUCCUCUCAUUGGGAACAUUUUUGUGUUGUUUUGGUAAUUGGAUAGAUGCUUUCAUGAACCGAUAUAUUACUGUGGACGAGAGUGCAGCACCAUCCUUGAGCGCCUUCAGAAUUAAGGAUGAACAAGCAGAUGACACCUACUACGUUCAUGAAUAUCAUGAACAUCAUAGAGACAGCAAGAUAUAA